GAAGUCUAUACAUUAAACCAACUUACAAUAUAUCAGCUUCACAAAGGUUUCUUAGAGUAAAAAUGGAGUUAGUGUACUUGUGCACAGCUCUGGGAAUAGGGAUUUUAACCUUUAUUAAUGUGCUAAAGAGAGUAAAUGGCUGGUAUUAUUUACUCAAACUUAGUCCAGAGGAAAGUCGUUUGCCUCCAGGUGACAUGGGCUGGCCAUUCGUUGGUAAUAUGCUUUUUCUCUUGAAAUGUUACGUCGGUGGAAAUCUCGACGCAUUUGCAGCUUACUUUUCUACUCGGUUCGGGCCAGGAGGGAUGUACACGGGACACAUGUUUGGAAGGCCAAGCAUUAUUGUCACAACGCCCGAAACGUGCAGGAAAAUCCUGAUGGAUGAAGAGAAUUUUGCCGUAGCAUUUCCAGACUACAUGUUGAACCUCCUAGGAAAUCAAGAGAACCAAGAACACAAGAUUCUUCGUCGAACAGCAGCAAACGCGAUAAAAACUCACGGAUCGUUGUCCUACUACUUUGACAGCGUGAACAAAAUCGUGAAAGGUUCCUUCGACAAAUGGCUUGCCACAGAUGAACCCCUCGAGUUGCUCUCUGAGAUGAAAAGGCCUGCAUUUGAGGUGCUUAUGCAAGUUCUUGUAGGCGGCGAAGAUGGAGUUUCUCGAGAAGUGCUUGACUAUGUUUUCAAGGAGAAUCAACACAGGUUUAAAGCUUACAAAAGCUUGGCCGUUAAUAUCCCCGGAUUUGCUUUCUACAGGGGAGUCAAGGCUAGAAAAGCAGUAGGUAGGAUGCUUCAAGACGUAAUAAAUCAAAGAAAAGUGAUGAUUGCAAACAAACAAGGCAGGCCCAAGAGCAUGCUGGACGCGAUGCUAGACACUCAAGAUGAACAUGGAAAUGGAUUUAGUGAUGAGGAUAUCAUUAAAGUGCUACUUUCCUAUACAUUUGGUGGUUAUGAAAUUGUUGCUCUGGUUGCCAUAAAGACAAUUAUGCAUCUGGAAAAACACCCUGAGUUGUUGCAGAAAGCAAAAGAGGAACAAGAAGAAAUAGUUAACAGAAGACCAUCUCCAGAUGCAGGCCUUACUUUCGACGAGAUUGGACAGAUGAAGUAUCUUUCAAACGUAUAUCAUGAAACACUACGUUUUGGUAGCACUGAAACAAUCUUCUUUAGAAUUGCAAAAACUACUGUUAACAUAAAUGGGUACACCAUACCUAAGGGGUGGAAGGUUUUGACAACGUCAGGGCAUUGGUAUAUGGACCCUAACACUUAUGUGAAACCUAAGGAAUUUAAUCCUUCAAGAUGGGAUGAUGCAGAGAUCAAGCCAACCUCCUUUCUUCCUUUGGGAGUAGGUCCCCGAAUGUGCCCAGGAGCCAAUUUGGCAAAGCUUACGAAUUUAGUAGUUGGUCAUUACUUUCUUCUUAACUACAGGCUUGAGCAAGUUAAGCCACCGAGCAAAGGCGAGCCUCCUGAAAAUUGUCUAGUGAGAUUCAAGAAGAUCUCAGCAUAAUAUGAAUGACAACUUCACCAUGUUUUCCAUUAUUCCCCAUUUGCAUUGCUCUUUAUCAUGAUGUGAAUCUUAAAUUGGCCUUUUCUUUUAAUAGCAAUCUGUCAUAUGAGCAUGGGCACCGUUGUAAUAUUUUAUCAAUAAUGAAGUUGUAGUCCAGUGGUUCCAUCUUCAA